AUGCCUGUGUCCCCUGAGUUAUUGGACCAAAUUUUACUUGACAUAGGCGAAACUGCAAGAAGGAUUCUAAACCAUGAAAGGUGUGACUCCAACACGCGGGAGAUUGUUGUGAACCUUCAUGUUACCACGUACAUUGUUGUUCAAGAUUCAGAUAUCUAUAAUGAUGAUCUCUGUCAAAAUUUUUCUAAACUAGCACAAUUCGUGAAUCUAUUGGAGAGAUUCAAAAUUGAUGAGCAAGAUGAUGAUGCUGAAUGCGCUAUUUGCUUGGAGAAAUUUGGCCAUGGUAAUGAAGAUUCAAGUGUAGCAGUUGUUCGCACAAAUUGCUCGCAUGUUUUUCAUGAUCACUGCAUGUUCCACUGGCUCCGAGGUUGUGCCAACUGUCAGUCGCCGUAUUCUUGUCCAUUGUGCCGCUGCAUCAUAUUUCCAAAUUCACAGACACAGAUAGAUGCUGAAUAG